ACUGUAAAGAAACCAACAUUUCAAGAAAAUGAAGUAUCAGUGAUCUUUGUUCUUGGUGGUCCUGGUUCUGGUAAGGGAACACAGUCUGCUAAUUUGGUUAGAGACUAUGGAUUUGUACAUUUAUCUGCUGGUGAUUUAUUAAGAGCUGAACAAAACAAUCCAGAUUCCAAGUAUGGUGAGUUAAUUGCACAUAACAUUAAAAAUGGGAUAAUUGUUCCACAAGAAAUUACAAUUGCUUUGUUGGAGAAUGCAAUGAAAAAAAACAUUGAAAUAGGUAAAAAGAAGUUUUUAAUCGAUGGAUUUCCAAGAAAGAUGGAUCAGGCUCUAACGUUUGAAGCUAGUGUUGUUAAAUCAAGUUUAACCUUAUUCUUUGAUUGUCCAGAAGCCAUCAUGUUGAACAGGUUAUUAGAAAGAGGUAAAACAAGUGGUAGAUCUGAUGAUAAUAUUGAGAGUAUCAAUAAAAGAUUUAAAACCUUUAUUGAAACCUCCAUGCCUGUUGUGGAUUAUUUUGAUAAACAAAAUAAAGUUGUUAAAGUAUUCUGUGAUCAACCAGUAGAUGCUGUUUACUCUCAAGUUAAAACUGCAUUGAAAGAUAAA